AAACCCCGAGCUAUGCCACCGACUUGUUCUCCUAAGUCCGGCCGGGUUCAUCCCUGUUAAACCGCUGAGUUAUCGGUUGCUUCACAGCUGUCCCUGGUGUAUCAUCCCACUAGCUCAACAUUGUGCUUGCUCAUGCAUCUUUGCUCGUGACAAGUUCGUCCUGUCGGAAGGGGACGAGCCUCUCACAGAG